AUGUCUUCUACCAUGAGAGCUAUACUGAUCUCCGAGUUCGGUCCUGUUGAGAACCUGGUCAUCAAAGACGUCCGCAAACCAUCUGCCACAAUCCCCGGUACAGCCCUCAUCCGCAUCAAAGCCUUCGGCAUCAACCACGCAGAAAUGCACAUGCGGCGCGGUGAAUGGGCCGAGUCAGUCCCCAUCAGCGGUAUCGAAUGCGUUGGAAUCAUCGAGGAUUGUCCAGGAGGCGAGUUUGCUCCAGGGACACCAGUAGCAGCACUUAUGGGCGGCCUCGGACGGACCAUACCCGGUAGCUACGCGGAGUACACCAUCGCAAAUACGAGCAACAUGGUCGCAUUGGGAGAUCCUGGAGAAUCACUGCCUUUGUCUUGGGCAGAUGUAGCUGCGCUUCCUGAGAGUUAUGCUACUGCUUGGACGUGCCUGUUUCGAAAUCUGGAUCUUCAACGCGGACAGAGAAUUCUGAUCAGAGGUGCUACUUCGUCUUUUGGAAGAGCAGCUAUCAAUCUCGCUGUUGAUGCAGGGGCUAUUGUCACGGCGACAAGUCGCAGCGAAACAAAGUUUGCCAUGUUGCGAGACCUCGGAGUCUCCGAGACCGUCCUCGAAACGCCCGACUUAAGCAAACACCUCAUCAAGAACCACGACUUUAAGAAGUUCGAUUCAGUACUAGACCUGGUGGGCAACAGCACAGUUGUCGAUUCACUACAGCUAGUCCGUCGAGAUGGCCGCGUCUGCCUGGCGGGAUGGCUAGGAGGGUUAGAUCCCAUCAAGGGACCUGCAGGGCCCGACGAGUCGCGCGGCUUCAAUCCGCUGCUGCAAAUGGCAAGCGGAGUCCACUUGAGCUUCUUUGGGAGUUUUGUGUUUGGGACAGAAGAAUUUCCAGUGUCUGAUGUUCCGUUGAGGAGUAUCAUGCUCAAGGUGGCGGAGGGGAAAAUUGAUGCUAGGCCAUGGAGGGUGUUUGCCUUUGAGGACAUACAUGCUGCUCAUCAGGCUAUGGAGAAUGGAGAUGCAAAUGGGAAAAUGGUUGUCACUGUUGUCUAG